AUGUUGUCGUCGCGUAUUGGAGCAAAGGCUGCGAGGUCGUCAUGGAUCUCGCGCGCACAAUUGCGCGUAGCCCCUUCUGUCGCCCAGACUCUUUCGUCCAGACAAUAUGCCACCGGUCCUGGUGAGGACAAGAUCCGCCAACACAUCAAGCUGGACAAGGAUGCCCUCAACAAGACCAGUGCCAUCAUCACCCAGCCCAAGGCCCACGGUGCCUCGCAGGCUAUGCUUUACGCCACUGGCUUCACUGACGAGGACAUGAACAAGGCCCAGGUCGGUAUCUCGUCUGUCUGGUACUCUGGAAACCCUUGCAACAUGCACCUGAUGGACCUCAGCAACAAGGUCAACGAGGGUGUUCAAAGAGCUGGUCUCAAGGGUAUGCAGUUCAACACCAUUGGUGUCAGUGACGGCAUGUCCAACGGUACAACUGGUAUGCGUUACUCUCUGCAGUCUCGCGACAUUAUCGCAGACUCUGUCGAGACUGUCAUGGGUGGUCAGUGGUACGACGCCAACAUUUCCCUUCCUGGUUGCGACAAGAACAUGCCUGGUGUCAUCAUGGCCAUGGGAAGAGUCAACAGACCUUCCAUCAUGGUCUACGGUGGUACCAUUGCUGCUGGCUGUGGUCAGAUGUCCAACGAGAGACUCGACAUCAUCUCGGCCUUCCAGGCUUACGGCCAGUUCAUCACUGGUGAAAUCAACGAGGACGAGCGCAAGGACAUCAUCAAGCACGCCUGCCCUGGUGGUGGUGCUUGCGGUGGUAUGUACACUGCCAACACCAUGGCUUCCAUUAUUGAGGCCAUGGGUAUGUCUCUUCCCGGUUCUUCUUCCAACCCUGCCAUGUCCAAGGCCAAGCAACUCGAAUGUUUGGCUGCUGGUGGCGCCAUCAAGAACCUUCUCAAGGAGGACAUCCGCCCCUCAGACAUCAUGACCCGCAAGGCUUUCGAGAAUGCCAUGACCGUCGUCAACAUCACUGGUGGUUCUACCAACGCCGUUCUUCACUUGAUCGCUAUGGCUCACUCCGUUGGCAUUACCCUUACCAUUGACGACAUGCAAGCUGCCAGUGACCGCACCCCUCUUCUUGCCGACCUCAAGCCUUCCGGCAAGUACGUCAUGGCCGACCUUUACGACAUCGGUGGUACUCCUGCUAUCCUCAAGUUCCUCUUGAAGGAGGGUGCUAUUGACGGCAGUGGUAUGACCGUCACUGGUAAGACUAUGGCUGAGAACCUUAAAGAUGUUCCCGACAUGCCCGAUAGCCAGAAGAUCAUUCGUCCCUUCAGCGACCCCAUCAAGAAGACCGGUCACAUCCAGAUCCUGUACGGCAAGAUCGCUCCUGGUGGCAGUGUUGCCAAGAUCACUGGCAAGGAGGGUACUCAGUUCACCGGCAAGGCCAGAGUCUUUGACGGAGAGGAUGGUCUAAUUGAGGCUAUUGAGAGUGGCUCGUUCAAGAAGGGCGAGAAGACUGUCAUCGUCAUUCGUUACGAGGGUCCCAAGGGUGGACCUGGCAUGGUCGAGAUGUUGAGACCUUCUUCUGCCAUUAUGGGUGCCGGUCUUGGUAAAGAUGUUGCCAUGCUGACUGACGGUCGCUUCAGCGGUGGUAGCCACGGUUUCCUUAUCGGUCACAUUGUCCCUGAAGCUCAGGAUGGUGGACCCAUUGCUCUCAUCAAGGACGGUGACACCAUCACCAUUGAUGCUGAGAAGAGAGUUAUCGACACUGAUGUUUCCGAGGAGGAGAUGCAACAAAGAAAGCUCAGCUGGAAGGCACCUCCUCUCAAGUACCAAAAGGGUACUCUUUACAAGUACGCCAAGAUCGUUCAGGAUGCCAGCCAUGGUUGCAUCACGGAUGCAUGA